UGGACAAUACAAGAUGAGAAAAUAACUAAACUAUCAAAUCAAAAUUUAACAUAUUUCACGGAAAAAUCGAUAGAGUAAAGCAAUUCUCUUGAAUGUAACUAUGAAAAAUUAAAUAUGGAAUAUCUUAUAACACAUACGGUGUCUAUUUACUUCGAAGUUAGGAUAUUCUGAAAGUACUUGACCCUUGGCGUCAGUAAUAGCAGAGAUGUCGCCACUUUAUCGUUCUCUUAUGAAUUCGGACGACUCAUUACGCAGGUUGCGAGCCACGCAAAAUCGCACAUUUUCGACAGAUGCACCAACCUCGGGAAUACCCGAGCAUUACAUUGACUUGCAUGACGUCACCACAAAAAAUUCUUACACAGCCAAAACGCGUUCAAAGUCGGUGCACAUGCAAGAUACUGGCGGGCAUUCAUUCGAGCUGUCAAGAAUUGUUACUCGUGCUGCAUUCACUUGCACAAACGUACCUUUACACGAGAACGAUAGAGAUCUUUUGACCAAUUCAGUAGGAAACGCCGGAGCAAAUGCGUGACGAUCGGCUAUUUCCGCUUGGCAACAGUGCCGCCAAAGUUCCCCGAUGCUGCGCGCUGCCACACCAUCGCAACACUCCGAAAUUUCUUCCUCU